CACAGCUACUACAUGAGCAAUUACGGCCAAAACAUGGAAAACGAAGACAUUUUACCAGAAUUGUUGGCCGAUAGCGACUCCGACAUGUCGUCCUUCGAUUCCAGCGAUGCCAGCGGUAUGGGCGACGGUGAAGAUGAUUUCUCGGCAGCAGCAAAGCCCCAUUAUCGGCGAGGGUGGAGCAAAGCCGGACCUUCAUGGCGGAAACAUGGGAAGACAGCACCCGAAUUUACAGGCCACACUGAAGCAACACAUUCUGAAGAAUGGAUAGACUUCACGCCAGUACAGAUCUUCCAGUUAUUUUUCUUGCAAGUGGUGUGGGAACUCCUGGUCAGUAGGGAAGAGUGGAGAUGCCGGACAUGUGCACAAGAGCAUCCCUUGUAUGCCAGAAGAUGUACAGCAUUAUCCAGGCAAAACUAUAAAGCGCAACUGUGUUGUUUGCAGUACCAAAGCUCGGAGAAGGCAAACCCGCAUGAUUUGUAAGGUGUGUGAUAAGCCAAUGUGUGUCAUUGGAUGCUUUGAGAAAUUUUACUCCUAAGAUUCCUCAAACAGGUUGCCAAUUUUUGUUGGUUUUUAUUCCAGAAGACCAGAAAUCACAUUUUUCUCCCCCAUUUCAAUGUUGUGGUAGAAACGAGCCAGCAUGGUACAAAAAAUAGAGUAUUAUUGGCCAGUUUGGUUGGAAGUAUGUGCCAAUAUUUGUUGCGUUUAA